AUGAAGUUUGUAUGGCAAGAGACACUACGUCAGACUUGCGCAAUGAUAAGCUAUUGGUGUGACCAAUCUGCAGCCGGCAUACCGAAUGUGCAGCGAGAUGCUCGCACUGUUACGAUGAAUGUCCUCGCAUCAACUGUGUUCCGGGAGACGUAUGACUUUGUAGGCUCCGCAAACCUCAAGGUGAGCAAUCUGUCGACCGCAGAAAGCUUUCGUGAUGCACUGCUACUUGUGCACCACUACAUCAUUCAUCUCAUGGUGAUCCCCUAUCGAUAUCUCCUUGGGCCAUGGGUGCCCGGAAAGCUCUCCAAGAUCGGAUUCGCAGCUUUCAACUUGGAGCAAAUCAUGACCAAAGUUGUCGCAGAAGAGAAGGCUGCUAUCGAAGACGGCAAGCCAGGAUCUGGUGGCCUAAUAACAUCCCUCGUUCGUACCAUUGAUCACAUAUCUAAGCGAGGAGCUCUGACGCUGAAGGAAAUGCUCGGAAACAUCUUCCUUAUCAAUUUUGCGGGCCUUGAUACGACGGCGAAUGUAUUAGCAUUUAUGAUCAUACGCAUAGCUGGAGAACCCGACAUACAGGACUGGCUCUAUGAAGAAAUCACCACACUCACCGAAGGCCGACCUGUGCAAGAUUGGGAGUAUGAAUUAUUUCCAAAGUUCAAGCGCUGCUACGCCGUGUUUCUAGAGACACUAAGAUUGUAUGCGCCUGUGACUGGCUUGCCGAAAAUGACGGGUCGUGGUAUGCAAGCCAUUCAAAUUGGCGAACAAUUAGUCACAAUUCCUCCGGGUACCGACGUAUUCCCUAUGUUACUAGGCGUUCAGACAGACCCUCAGCAUUGGGAUGACCCUUUCGUCUGGAAGCCAAAACGCUGGAUAGUAUGCGCUGAGGGUUCCGCAGAAGUUGACAGUGAAGCAUUGCUGGUUCCAAGGAAAGGAACGUUCUUUCCGUGGGCCGAGGGCCCACAAGGCUGCGUGGGUAAGAAGGUGUCGCAGGUUGAAAGUGUUGCUGUGCUAGCCGCUUUACUUGCCACUAACCGCAUGCAUAUUAAGAACAAGCCAGGUGAGACAGAAGAUGGAAUCAGAAAGAGAGUUGAGUACUGCUGUGAUGACAACAACUCAAACGUCUUAUUACAGAUGAACAAUCCGACCCAGAUCGAGCUGGAAUGCGUGGAAACAUCAAAAGAUUGA